UCUACAAGUUGUGGAUUUCUUGUAAGAGAUUCCAUUUCUCCUUUUUGCCCUUUGGUGGGACCUGAGAGAGACCAGCUGUUCCAGGAGAGCGUGUUUUCAGCGGGGUUUCUCGAGCCCUGUGGUCUCAAGAAUCGGGACUAUGUAUUUGUUUAGCUGUUCACGUGUUGCUGCGGAAUGUCAAGGAGAAAUUGGGGUCCUGAACCCAGAUCUGGAGAGCAGAGCAUAAAAUAAUGUUUACAUACGGGAAUGAGGAUGAGCUUUGGGUUGACUUUCAGGACAGCAAAAGGCCGCUGGCUGGUGAACCUCAGCCGGCAGUGCUCACAUGGAUCCACUGGGUUAUUUGUGCCACCAAGUCCUCCUCUGGACCCUGAGAAAGUCAAAGAGCUACAGCGCUUCAUCACCCUUUCCAAAAGACUCCUAGUGAUGACAGGGGCAGGAAUCUCCACUGAGUCGGGGAUCCCAGACUACAGGUCAGAAAAGGUGGGACUUUAUGCCCGCACUGACCGGAGGCCCAUCCAGCAUGGGGAUUUUAUACGGAGUGCUCCAAUCCGCCAGAGGUAUUGGGCGAGAAACUUUGUGGGCUGGCCCCAGUUCUCCUCCCACCAACCUAACCCUGCACACUUGGCUUUGAGCAACUGGGAGAGACUCGGCAAGCUGUACUGGUUGGUGACCCAAAAUGUGGAUGCCUUGCACACCAAGGCAGGGAGUCAGCGCCUGACAGAACUCCAUGGAUGCAUGCACAGGGUCCUCUGCUUGCAUUGUGGUGAACAGACUCCCCGCGGGGUGCUGCAGGAGCGGUUCGAGGUCCUGAACCCCACCUGGAGUGCCGAGGCCCACGGCCUGGCUCCCGAUGGCGAUGUCUUUCUCACAGAGGAGGAGGUCCAGAACUUUCAGGUCCCGUCCUGUGCUCGAUGUAGAGGCCCCCUGAAACCAGAUGUCGUUUUCUUCGGGGACACAGUGAGCGCUGACAAGGUUGACUUUGUACACAGGCGUGUCAAGGAAGCCGACUCCCUCUUGGUUGUGGGAUCGUCCUUGCAGGUGUACUCUGGUUACAAGUUUAUCCUCACUGCCUGGGAGAAGAAGCUACCCAUUGCAAUACUGAACAUUGGGCCCACACGGUCGGAUGGCUUGGCAUGUCUAAAACUGGAUUCUCGUUGUGGAGAGUUGCUGCCUUUAAUAGACCCACACUGACCACAGCCUGAUGUUCCUGCGCCGGAAACUGGAAUUUCCACUUGAAUCCUGCUGCUAAAGAUCCCUAAGAAUUCAUCCCUUCUUCCUCAAACUAAUGGAAGCUCACUGAGGGCAGCCUGUGGAGGGCAGCAAACCAACAUCUCUCUGCCAGCCUGUCUCUGAACUGGGCCGGUUUCAGAGCCAAGCAGUUAAGUUCUUCAGGCUGAUGAGAUUUGCCCCUGAAGAAAGACUUUUUCAGAGCAGCAGCUUCUCUUGAUAGGAAAACUGCUUUCUCUUCCUUUUUACCUCCCCAGGUAGAAGAAAUGGCCCGGUUAAUAUGUAGGCCAGAAUGGUCUUUGGAGUGCUAAUGUAGGGAUUUCACUAAUGUAGGGUGUAAGGGGAGAAGGAAAUGACUUAAUUUAUAAUCUCAAAUGCUUAAAUGUUUUUAACUGAAGCAUUCUGAUACAUUUUUUUUUUUUGAAAAGAUGAGCAAUGGUAUGAAUGAAUUUUUUUUAACCAAGGAAUAAAGGAAUCUUUUUAAUAACA